AUGAAACUCCACAACGAGCUCGUCUUUACUACCAUCAAGCCAUUUGCCAAUGUCCCCGCCGAAGAGCAUGCCAAAAUGCACUCUAAUGGUGCGGAGGGUGCCAACAACCCCCAUUCCUUCACUUUCCAUCCUGUUCAUCGGGUCCCCGGGAAUCAGUCAUCAGACAUUGUGGCAAUGUUUGCUGUUGCAACUGCUUGGGACUUCUCCAUGCAGAAUCUUCUCCCGGACAAUGUCAAGGGAAUGUAUUGUGUGCUGCAAAACACAUGCAACCAAACUGUAACGUAUCGAAUUGAUGGAGGCAAUGCUACGUACCUGGGCGAUGGUGAACUCCAGCCCUCGGAAUUCGAUGACAUGGCUGUCUUUGUGGAUUUGAACUUACAAACCCACCCUGAUGCUCGAAGCACUCCUGGUCAUUGUAUGUAUUCCAUGAAGAUCUACCCGAGCAAAGCCUUUGAGAGCGACUACAAAACCAACACGCCAGCGAUUUAUUCUGGUGUGGUUGCGGGAACCUUUGCCUUGAUUGCUAUCGCGCUCCUCCUUUAUGAUAGGACGGUGACGCAGAGAAAUGAAAAGAUGAUUUUCCAGGCAGCCAAGACAAAUGCAAUUCUUGCGAAGUUUGUUCCUGAUCAUCUUCGUGGCAAAAUCAUGGGCUUUGAUGAUGGAAGCAUUGGAGGUGGACGGCGUGGGCCCGAAGAGUUCAACCUUGGCUUGAUGGACACUAGCAAAGUUGAUGAGAUGGCCAAAAGUAUGGUGAGGAGCAUGUCGGAUAGCAGAAUGUCUUCGAGCGGUGUUGUGAAUCACACGAGAAGGCGGGAUCUGGAUGUGUAG